UAAAUUUUAAUAAUGAGUACAUUUUUAAGCAUUCAUAAUUAAAUUUGCUUUUUUUUCUUUCCACCAUUUCGUUUUGGAGUCUUUAUACGGGCAAGGGCAACCCACUCUGCAGUUAUUUAUUUAUUUUUGAAAGGAAAUGAAUUUUUAAUAAUAACUGAAGAAGAAGAAGAAAAACUCCCAUUUGGAUUAAGUAUGGCCAUAGAUACAGUUGAAUCUCCGUCUCCUUCUCCAUCUUCUCCAUCAAUUUCCCAUUUCAGUCCACAGCGUCACUUCUAUGUCGCCGUUGACAGGCACCACUACAAGAUGGUGACUUUGCUGGAAUUAUUGGGUAUGGCGGCCGGAAGCCGUCCGGGCCUUCCAAUGGUGGUCAUCUGCAGCUCACGUGACGAGCUCGACGCCGUGUGUUCCGCCGUUUCAAGCCUUUCCUUUAUCUCUUUGGCCUCUUUGUACAGUGACCUUGCAGAAGCAGAACGUGCUUCAGUUCUAGAGAAAUUUAGGCAAGCAACAGUGAGAUGGAACCAAAAUGCUACUGCUGAAGCAGGAGAGGACACUGAUAGUGGGAAAGAUGAGCGAAAGUCUUAUAUGAUUGUUGUAACAGAUGCAUGUCUUCCACUUCUUUCUUCUGGAGAGUCACCUAUUGCUGCUCAUGUUUUGAUAAAUUACGAGUUACCAACUAAGAAGGAGACAUACAUGAGACGCAUGACAACUUGUUUGGCAACAGAUGGUAUCGUAAUCAAUAUGGUUGUCGGUGGUGAAGUAGUAACUCUCAAAAGCAUUGAAGAUAGCAGCAACCUACUUAUAGCUGAGAUGCCCAUAAAUAUUUACGAGAUACUCUGAAGAAACAUUGAACUUUUUGACAAGUCAAAUGACAUCUCAGAAUAACACUUACAUAUUUCCUGUGAUGGUUGACUCAACAUGUCUGUGAUUGAAGCUUUUCUAGUAGUUUAAACUAAGCAUUUUAUUUAUUCUAGUCAGAUGCAGAUUUGUGUACAUCUUGUUUCUUCCUUAACGGGAACAAAACAGAAACGAUCGAAAAAUUCUCAUAUGGUUUAGAUAUGUAAUGUACCAUUGAAAAAUUUGAUGGGAAAUGAAGGCCAAAGCUUCAUGAGUAA